AUGGGUCAGCACUCAAAAAAAUUCCCUCGCACACCGCACAGCGCGACGCGCGUCAUGGCACCCGCGUCGACGUACGCGCCGGCGUCCGUCGUCGCCGUCGCGGACACCAUCGGUGCCCCGCGACCGAGCGACGAGGCGGCGAAAGCGCUCGCGAGCGACGUGGAGUACCGCUUGCGGACGAUCAUUCAGGAUGCGAUCAAAAUCAUGAGACACUGUAAACGGGAAACGCUCCGUGCCGAGGAUGUAAACGCGGCGUUAAAGUUGCGAAACUGUGAACCGCUCUACGGAUUCGGCACCGGGACGUCGAGCGUGCAGUAUAAGCGCACGAAGGAGGACCCGGAGGUUUUUUAUCUGGAUGAGCGGGAGAUUGAUGUCAGAGAGUUGAUCACGAAGCGCUUGCCGCGACCGCCGGUGGACGUGAACCUGGUUCCGCACUGGUUGGCGGUGGAGGGGGUGCAGCCGAUGAUUCCGGAAAAUCCCAUGCCCCUGGCGCCGGAACCGAAACCGUUGCAGCCGCCGCUUGGGUCGAAGCGGCCGCGCGCGCGGGCGGAGGGUGGAGGGGAUCCGGACGCAGGGGGGUUGCAGCCGGUGGUGUCGCACGUGCUGACAAAGGAGUUGCAGUAUUACUUCGACAAGGUCACCGCGCUGGUUCGAGGGGCGGGACGCGCGGAGGCGAGCGAUCGCGACGUCGAUUUACUCGCUCGUGCACUGCGAUCGCUCGGCGAAGACGUCGGUUUGCACAAUUUGAUGCCGUACUUCACUCAGUUUAUCACAGAGGAGACCACGGCGAGUCUGAGGGACUUGCCACGACUCAGGGUGUUGAUUCAGAUGAUUCGCGCGUUGAUCUCAAAUCCUGACAUCAAUGUCGAGCUGUACUUGCAUCAACUGAUGCCGAGCGUGGUGACCUGCGUCGUGGCGAAGCGGCUGUGUCAAAAUUUGGACGAAGAUCACUGGUCGCUUCGCGACGACGCGGCAAACACUGUGGCCUUUGUGUGCGCCAAGUUUGGCGCUGCGUACCCGAGUAUUCAACCCAGGAUCACGCGCACGCUCUUGCGCGCACUCUUAGACACCAAACCGCUCACGACGCACUACGGUGCCGUGCGCGGUUUACAAGCGCUCGGGCCCAAGGUUGUGCGAGAAACCAUCAUGCCCAACUUGCGCGCGUACAUGACGAACACGCUCGAGCCCGCGCUUGAGGCGCCGAAGCCGCUGGACGAUAGCGAGCUCAAAAACGCAAGCGAGGAGGAUAGAAAUAUUGCUGUCGCAAAGGCGAAACUCGCGGUACUUCGCCAUACCGACGCGCAGCGUGUCAUGGGCGCUCUGCAAGAAGCCGUCGGCGCGUGCCUGCGAGAUGAAAUCGGCGAUGCCGAAAACGCUGCGAGAGAGAAGCGACUCGCGGACCAACUCAUGCGCUGGCACCGAAUCGACGGCGCCGGACGCUUCGAAAAGGACGAGACCGCGACAGGGAAAGACGCGCCUGCGAAGAAGACGCCGGUGAGUCCGAACUCGCCGUCCCGCCAAGGUCGCGGCGCCACAGCGAAGGGCGCGAAAUCCGCUGUCGUCCCCAAAGCCGCCCCGCUCGUUCGCGGUCGUCGCACCCGCGGGACGACACCGGACGACGAUAUUGGCGACGCCGCCGCCGCACACGCCCCCAACGUCGCCGUUGCGGAGACCCACGUCUAG